AUGGCUGAGCCCGCGGAGAAGCGCCUCAAGAGCAGCCUGCCGCUGUGCAAGGCGCACCGGAGCUCCACGAGCAGCCGGGUGAGACAGAACCUGCAGGCCGGCGUGGAGGAGGCUCUGUGCGGGGUGAGCAGCAUGCUGUGGGACGGAGCGUACCGGCUGCAGGCUCUGGUAGGAGACUGGAACAUCAUGUACUCUGACAGAUCAAUUACCGCAUCCUAUCAAUGACCGAGUAAACAAGGACAAUAUCACUACAGAGGAUAGGGGAAACCGGGGCGUGCUGUUACACUGAUCCCCACGUGGAUUUCUAGUGAUUGGAACAUCAUGUAUCAUUUACUCUAACUGAGAAUGAUCGUCUCAGAUUUGGGGUUUCGAGGAGUUUCUCUGUCAGCCUUAAGAAAAAGUUCUUAAAAUUAGUAACUUUAUCUUUUCAAAGGUUUUAUAUGAAGUAAAUAAUAAAAAAAUCAACAUUUAGCCUGAUAUGAUUCAGUUUGUGUGAACAUAUCUCGAGGAUUUAUACCCCAAUCAUCUGUUUAAUGCAUAAAAAAUGAUUGUUUAUAGAAGUGUUUUGUCUUUUACGCACUAAAAAGACAAAUUAAAAGUUAAAACACAAACAAGGCCAUGAGUGAUGAGAUCAAUCAUUUUUAGACUGUAAGGGCCUGAUCUACUAGCGAGCGCUAACUUGCAUGUGCAAACUGAAAAAUUGCACGUGCUAUUAGUGGGCGUGUUGCAGGUGAUCUACUGUCAUUGCGUGUGCAAUUGAGAACAGGUGCAAAAGUGGUGCAGACCGCCCUCUUUAAAGGAGGAUUUUGCACGCACUACCUGCCGUCACCAUGGAGAGUUUGUGAGAGCAGAGUGUUUGAAGCCGUGGAGUUGCACAUAUCGUAUUGGGGAACUGCAUGAAAAGCAAGGGAAGUUUAUUUGUAGAGCACCAUUCAUACACAAGACAAUUCAAAGUGCAAGAAGAUAUACUAGAAAUCAAAAAAGGGAUUAAAACGAUUUAAAAUCAAUAAGACAAACAGAUACAUGUUUUCAUCUGUUCUGUGUUUGACCUCAUUAUUUAUUAAAAAUCGUCAUUUACUAGAAAAACAAACACAAACUGUUUUUCUGGGUUUGAUAAAUCACAGUGCGGGCGCUCAAUGAUUCCAUUUGCAUCUGCUCCUCCCAGAAUUUUGCGCGCUCUGAUGGUCGACGUACAUUCUGCAUAUUUAUGAAGGCAAACACGCUAAAUCAAUUGCACGUGCUGUUUUGCGCAUUUGACAGACUCAGUCCUCGGUGCACCGGGUUAGUAGAUCAGGUUUGCGUGCGCUAACAAGUUUGCAUGUUUUUGCACACGGAAACCUUUAGUAGAUCAGGCCCUAAGUUUACAAGCCUUAAACAGGCCCUGUAUUUUAUAUUUUCCACAAAUUUUUUUUUUCUCCUAAGAAACUACUUAAUAAUGCAGAAGACAAAAAAAGAAACUGUCUUGUCCACAGGGGGCGCCAAAGCUAAAACAAACCACAAGUUCCUCACAGGAGCUUUAAGUUACUUCAAUUUACCAAAAAUAGUGUCCAUAUUGUGAGAUUUUACUGUCUUUACUGGCAGUUUGACUUUAUUAGUUAACAAACUCAAACAAGAAGAGAAAAAAAAAUUAUACAUUCGGGUGAAUAAUUAAAUUCUUUGGUGUUUAUUCAGUACAGUUUCUCUUCAAAAACAAAAAUCCAAAUGCACGGCAUGUUUGUCUUUCGUCUCCUGCAGGCCAGCGUGUUCGAGCGGGACGACAUCGCUCUUCCUCGCGUCGCUUCUUUCUUCCACCAGGAGGCGCUGAAGCAGGAGGAAGAGGCCGAGGCCAUGCUGGAUUACCUGGCUAAGAGGGGAGGAAACUUCUGCAGCAAAGACGUCCAGGUGUUUAAAACUUUAUCAACAUUUAGUGUUGACACUGUGGCGAAAACGUCACAUUUUACUGGCAUACAGGUUAGGUUAAUGAAAGGCCAUCAGUAGUUACAGCUACAAAGAUGAUGAUUGUGAAGUUUGCAAAAUGAAAAUAUCCUGAUAAUCCAACAAAAGCAAAAUAAACACAUUAAAUAUGUUCAUGAAAAAUCAGGAGGAAUUCCCCUUCUGCAGUUUUAGAUUUGGGUUUACAGUUUCUUUAACUCUGCUGCUUUGCUCGAUUUAAUCUGACGUGGUCUGGUUUAGUUUCAUCAGUGUAACAGAAAAAUAUCUCCCUGUUGUGUUUCGGUGAGUUUAGAUGUUGAAAAGUGCAGCAGUACAUGUUAUUUUUCACCCUGACACACAGAAGUCAGUCAGAGGUCAGGGUCAAGAGCAGUAUUAGCCCAAAACUCCUCAUCAGGCUGAGCGGGGGCGGGUUUUUUCUGAGCCCUGCUCCUCUCAGGGGUCCUGGGGGUCGUUCAGAUGAUCCGGUACGAAGAGUUGAUUUGUGGAUCCAUUUUGAAACUGAAUUUAUGAUCCGAACUUUAUCUGUGAGACAGAGAAGCUUCAGUCUGUAACAGCGUUCUCGUUUUACUCCGCCUGAAAACAUCCCCUCUCAGGAUUUAUUUGGCCUCCUGUGCGAUCCUUCACUUUGGCAGAGCAGGUGUCUCCUCUAUCUCUCUGUUUGGUUUUUUUCCGAGCUGGCAGAGGCCUCACUUUGUCAAGAAGCUCUUCAUUUGGGCCCGAGGUUGGAGAUAGGGAGGUGGGGGUGCCAGAGAGGGAGGUUAAACCCCUGGAGACCUGGCUUAAAGCCGGUCAGGGUGUAUAUUUCCCCCCCCUGAGUUCCGGAAAAUUGGCGAGAUUAAUGCUACGGCAGAGGGACCGCGGUGCUGAUGGCGUUUCCAGAUGGUCGGCAGUGGCGUUGGCACAUCGCAGCGUGGCCUCCUGGGUUUAUGAGUCGUGUAAAAUCGUUUCAGGGCUGAAGCCUCGGGUCCAGUCAGCAGCAGUUUGGGACACCUUGUUAUCCAUCUCUCAAGUGUCCGUCACCGCAGAGGCGACGCCUCCGAGUCCUCGACUGCUGGACAACGUUCACUAAAACCCGAUCUGAGCUUCAUGAUGCGUGAUUAUUAUUUUUUUAAAACAUUAUUUAUUUGGUUUACUCUCUAAAGGUCCUCACACAGCGGGAACGACGCAAAUAUACGACAUGAAAUUACGAAAUAUUCGGAGGCGAAUUCUGACACGCCUUUGUUUAUUCCAGAAACCGGGCUGUGAGGCGGUCUGCGCCGUGUUACCCGCCCUGGAGCUCUUCCUGCUCCAGCUGAAGGAGGAGGUCGACGUCAUGGUCGAGCUGAACCAGCUGGCCCGCCACAACGGAGACCCGAACACCGCCAGCUUUGUGAAGAGCCACUUUCUGGGUCCUCGAGUCAACCGGCUGAAACUGCUGGGAGAUCUGCUCACCAGCGCCCGCCGGGUGGGCUGCACCAACGAUCAGUCGGGGGGGUUCGGGGAGUACAUGCUGAACGAGCUGCAGGAAGAGCUGAGCGGGUGA